AUGAGAACUCUACUUAUCACCGUGGUCUUCAUAAUGGUGUUCUCAUUGUGUUACUGCGCUGAUGAGACCUACGACGACAAUACAGCUGUGGUGACGGAAACCGUCGUGGAAACGCAUCAAUGCAAGACCAACGAAGUCUGGAUGGAAUGUGGCACGUGUGAGAAUAAAUGCGGAGAACCACGAGUGGUAAGUGUCUCAAUUGAAUGUGUCUAA